ACUGUCAGUGCAAUCAUGUCAAGGUUCGGAUCACGCAAAUGCUUCUAAUGUUCAUCUCCCUAAUUCUCAAACUAACGCACGACACAGCCUAGUAGGAAGCAAACCUUUACUCGGCUUUUCUACGUGGUCAACACAACUUCUUGACGACGUUCCUGGAUACGGCGGGCGGCAUAUAGAACCAUGGUUUGAUGAAGCAUCACUCCGCGACAUUUCAGACGCCAUGAAGGCCAAAAUGCCACAAUACGAAUACAUAAAUCUCGAUUCCGGCUGGUCAGAAACGUGUGACAAAUAUGGCCGCUGGACAUAUCGAGAGGACUUGUUUCCCAACGGACUACGCGCGUUAUCGGAUCACCUCCAACAGAAUAAUCAAAAACUCGGUCUUUACAUGCUUCCAGGGCUUAGAAAAGAAGCACUGGAAGGUCGGAUCAAGGGACACGAACAUAUCCGGAUUGCUGAUCUGGUCACACAAAAAAAGCAAGGCAAUGCAUUCAAGGGAGCGACGUUUAUGCCUGACGAACACAGCGAGCACGUACAAGCAUAUUAUGAUUCGAUUGCAGAUUUGUAUGCCGAGUGGGGCAUUGGAUAUAUUAAGAUUGAUGGAUGCGGCCCGUCGAACGAUGACCAAGACAUGGACACUCGAAAAUGUUUGUACAUGAUGCACAAGGCUUUCUCAAAACACAAUAUCUGGAUCGAACUUUCAUGGUCGCUCGACCCGGCCUAUGCAGAGGAGUGGAUGUCUAUGUCCAAUGGUGCUCGCAUAUAUGCAGACAUUGAAAGCUACAGCUCAAAGUAUAUGACAACCUCCCACCGCGUGUUUCAGCGUAUGGCAUAUGUCGCAAAAUGGUGUGACAAGCAAAUUCAAGGGAAAAAAUUCUAUAUCGAUCUUGAUGCUGUAUUAGUCGGCAUGACGGUGGAUAACAAGUGUGUGGAUGGAUUAGACAACGAUGAUGUGCGGAUAUCAUAUGUUAGCUUUUGGGCACUUGUAAGUUCAGUCUUUUGCAUUGGCGCUGAUCCCCGCAAAUUGCCACAAAAGUACCUCGCCCUGCUAAAUCAUCCAGUCAUUUUGGAUAUUCAUCAAAGUGGAGUGAUCGCUAAGCCUAUCGGCAAUGGAAACGCUUGGCUGAAUCGCAAACAAGUGUGGUGGAAGACAUUGCCAGAUGGUCGACUGUGUGUAGGUCUGUUUAAUGCACACGUCUACCCUUUCAUGCUGGGUCUCAGCCGCGAGAUUAGAGUGGAUUUCGAGGAACUUGGUGUCGAUGAGGUGGAAGCCAAGGAUGCGUGGACCGGCGAGCCAUUGGGACGAUAUGCAAAAUCCUAUAGCACUAUGCUUCGGCCAGGUCAAUGCCAACUGUUGCUGCUCAGUGUGGUUCGCUAAUUUACCAUACAUACUUUCAUUCGUACAUUAUAUAUAGCUUGCAAGAGUGAUAAAACA